GACACAUUUCUUUUACAGGAUAUUGCAGCAUGAAGAAGGAGCAAGUUGUCAACUGUCAGUUUUCGGUUUGGUAUCCGAUAUUCAAGAAACACACGAUUAAAAGUCAGAUUCUCCCACUGCCUCAGAAUGUAAUAGAAUAUUUAUUGGACGAUGGCACACUGGUAGUCUCUGGGAGUGACCAUAACACACAGCAGACACAUACUAACAACAGCGACUCGGACGCAGAGGAAGACAUUCAGUGGUCAGAUGAUGAGACAACCAGCACUGUCACUGCUCCGGAGUUCCCAGAAUUCAACUCUAAAGUGCUGGAGGCCAUAAACGCCCUGGGUGGACGUGUCUUUCCCAAACUUAACUGGAGCGCCCCACGGGAUGCUAACUGGAUUGCUCUGAACAGUUCCCUGCAGUGUCACAGCCUCAGUGAUAUAUUCCUGCUCUUCAAAAGUUCAGACUUCAUCACCCACGACCUCACGCAGCCAUUUCUUGUAUGCAGUGACCAGGACUCCCCAGAUCCAGUCAUAAACUAUGAGCUGGUCCUGAGGAAGUGGAGCGAGCUGAUUCCUGGUGGAGAGUUUCGCUGCUUCGUCAAGGAAAACAAACUGAUCGCCAUCUCCCAGAGAGACUACACUCAGUAUUACCAGCACGUCUUGAAGCAGGAGGAGGAGAUCUGUCACGCCAUACAGGGAUUCUUCAGCCAGCACAUCCAGUACAACUUCCUGGACGAAGACUUUGUGUUUGAUGUCUACAGAGAUAGCCAGGGGAAGGUGUGGCUCAUCGACGUGAACCCGUUCGGAGAGGUGACAGAUUCGCUGCUGUUCACCUGGGAGGAGCUGACAUCUGGCGGCGAACUCACACAGCAGCAGGAGGGACCGGCGUUUCGCUGCACCACCAGCGAGGUGACGGUGCAGCCCAGUCCCUGUCUGAGCUACAGAAUCCCACGGGACUUUGUCGACCUCUCCACCGGAGAAGACGCCUUCAAACUCAUCGACUUCCUCAAACUGAAGAAAAGUCAACAGGAAGAAUCUGAAGAAGAGGAGGAGGAGGAGAACACUCCACAGUGACACGGUUCCUCUGAAACCUGAAGAACAGCUGCUAGUGUCACCAGCCCCGUCUAUAACGUUUUCUGCAUGAAGUGACUCUUCACCCUCUGUCCUGUUUAAGCUUAUUCUUCAGCGCAGCCUUCAUCCUCUCACGCUCAUCUGUGAACAGUACGCUGUGUACCCUGGGUUUCCUUCAUAGCUCUCUCGUGUUAGUCUAAUAGAACAUGUUAAAUUAGCAGAUCAUGUUGAUGGCUCUUUGAGGAUUUAUUUUCUGUUGGGUUGUUCUUUGCCUCCGACACUGUGGAGCACCGUCUUGCUGAUCGUAAUGGCUCGAUGAGACAGUGGAGGGAGGCCUCUGCAGUGUCGAUUAGCCGUUUAUGUCAGUUCGACGGGCAUGAUUAGUUAUUUUUAUGGGGGGAAAGCUUGUGUUACUGAAAGGGGAUGUAUUCACUAAUACUGUAAAGGAUGCCUGCUUUUAUACUUUGAAAUAAGUGUGUAAUAUAGUUAUGUAUCUUCAUCGCAGCCCAGACAGUGUCUCUGGACACACACACAUUUAAUUGUACAUGUUUGUGUGUUGCGAGGCUGUGACAGACCUCUCUAUUUAACACUAAAGCUGUUCAUCACCGAGUCACCUUUAAUUUUUCUCCCCAGCAAUCCCUGCUCCUCCAUCUCUCCCUGCCAAUUUCCCCUGAACAGUUUUGACACACUCAUUGCUCCGAGCCGCUCCGGGCGCUCUUUUCGAGUCCUGUUUCUCCCAUCAUGCAUCGCUGUAGACUGUUGCUCCACAAAACACCAUUAAACUUCUUGUCGUGUA